AUGAGACUUAAUAGGAAAAAUUUCAUAGUAUCGUCCUUACUGACGUUAACCACCUUUAUCUCUCAUUCUAAAGCUUUAGAAUUAGAUUUAGAUGACCCACAGUCUUUAAUUAAUGCUACAUCACUGGUUGCUUAUGGGUUAAUGGAUUAUUACACAGGGGAUCAGUAUGGUAAGACUGUUGGUAUGUUUUCACCCCCAUACUAUUGGUGGGAAGCAGGUGGUGCAUGGGGGAGUAUGAUCGAUUAUUGGUGGUUUAUGCAGAAUGACUCAUAUAACGACAUAAUUAUGCAAGCUAUGUUACAUCAAACUGGUGAAAAUAAUAAUUAUAUUCCUUUGAAUCAAUCCACAACAGAAGGUAAUGAUGAUCAAGCUUUCUGGGGGAUUGCUGCAAUGACCGCUGCUGAAAGAAAUUUUACUAACCCACCGAAGGAGUCCCCACAAUGGUUAUACUUAGCUCAAGCUGUCUUUAAUACUAUGGCUUUACGUUGGGAUGAUACCACAUGUGGUGGUGGGCUAAGAUGGCAAAUUUUCGUUUGGAAUACUGGUUAUGACUAUAAAAAUACUGUCUCUAAUGGUGCUUUAUUCCAUUUGGCUGCUAGAUUAGCCAGGUACACUGGUAACACAAGUUAUGCAGACUGGGCAGAAAAAGUUUGGGACUGGAUGUACGAUAUUCAUUUAAUCUCUAAUGGUACAUAUAUGUUUGUUUAUGAUGGUGCAUCUGUAACAGAUAAUUGUACUCAAUUAACAAAAUAUCAGUGGACUUAUAAUCAAGGGUUAUUAUUAUCUGGUAGUGCAUACUUGUAUAAUUUCACUGGAUCUGAAAUUUGGCACGAAAGAACUAAGAAAUUAUUGAAUGCUUCACAAGUGUUUUUCAAUAGUACCACAGGUGUUAUGUAUGAAGCUGCAUGUCAACCAUCUUUAUCUUGUAACACAGAUCAACGUUCCUUUAAAGCUUAUUUCUCCCGUUUUUUAGGUUUAACCGCACAAUUAGUACCGGAAACUUCUGACCAUAUUAUGAGAUUAUUAAACAUUUCAGCUAAAGCAGCCGCAAGAUCAUGUUCUGGUGGUACUGAUGGACACACAUGUGGUUUGAAUUGGUUUAUUGAUGGUUGGGACGGUUAUUAUGGUCUUGGUGAACAGAUGAGUGCUUUAGAAGUUAUGAUCAACACUAAAGCAUUACAAAGACCCGCUCCAUAUACAUCUACUACCGGUGGUAGUUCUCAAGGUAAUCCAGCUGCUGGUACAGAAACCAAUCCAACAAAUUUAGCAGCCUUACAUAUCACUGCAGGCUCUAGAGCAGGUGCUGGUAUUAUCACUGCUAUUAUCGGUAUUUCUAUAAUUGCAUGUGCCUUAUGGCUAAUAGUUUAA